AUGUCCGCACAGUCCAAACCAGCGAAGCAGGCGCAACAACUAACGCCUUUUGCAUCUGCGUUGGCCGGUGCCCUUGGAGCUUGUUUUAGUAACGCUGUAGUGUAUCCUCUUGAUGUUGCUAAGACCAGGAUACAGGUCACCUCAUCGACUGCGCGAGGGAAACGCAAAGACGACCUGAGCAUGCUGUCGAUGCUGCUCCAAAUAUUCAGACAAGAGGGAAUCAAUGGGUGGUACAGAGGCUUUGCUGCAACCAUGCUAAACACUUUCUCGAUGCAAUAUGCCUACUUCUUCUUCUACUCAUUCAUACGCUCAUCAUACAUCAAGCGCAUGACUUUGAAGCUUCCUCCUGGUUCGAAACCUCCUGCACUAUCCACAGCUGCUGAGCUCUCCCUCGGGGCAGCUGCAGGCGCGCUGUCCCAGAUUUUCACGAUACCGGUAUCGGUAAUCGCAACUCGCCAACAAGUUGGGCGCUCUGCCCGGGGCUCCUUGGAGUCUUCCCAAAAUGAGGGACCAUCGGAUGAAUCUUUUUUGGGUGUCGCUCGUGAGAUUGUUCGCGAGGAUGGUGUCACAGGGCUGUGGCUUGGCAUUAAGCCCGGCAUGGUCCUGACUGUAAACCCUGCUAUAACGUACGGCGUUUAUGAGCGCGUCAAGACUUUGUUGUUGCUCGCAAGCUCUGCAAAUAGUAAAUUAACUCCGGGAAUGUCGUUUUUGCUUGGGGCGUUUAGCAAAACGCUUGCCACUAUCGUAACAUAUCCAUAUAUUAUGGCAAAGGUUAGAAUUCAGGCCCGCCCUACUGUCACGGAUACAUCGGACAGUGAGGGUCUGCCUGGUGGCGGAAAUGGAAAUACCAAAUCCAAAGCAAAACAAGCUGGUGCCCUCAGCCUCCUCCUCAGAGUCUUGAGGAAAGAAGGAUUUGUCGGGUGGUAUCAGGGGAUGUCCGCGCAGAUAAUCAAAGCCGUGCUUUCUCAGGCGUUACUGUUUGUAUCCAAGGAACAGUUCGAGCACUGGGCCCUGGCCAUCAUGGCUUUGUUUGCCAAGUUUAUAUCGCGGCCAUGA